AUGGAGAAUGUGCACUUUUUGACCUAUGCGGCUGUUGUCAUCGUCUUGGCCGUGAUCGCUUUCCAGCAUCGGUCUAGUAAUCUGCCCAGAGGGACUGGAAGGCCGCCAAGCCCCAAGCAUGGGCUACCCAUUCUGGGCCACGUUCUCCAGAUCCCUUCCUUCCAUUCAUGGCUGAAGUUCAAGACCUGGACCGAUGAACUGGGCCCAAUUGUCCGUUUCCGGAUAUUCGGACGAGAAAACAUAGUGGUCUCGAACGAGAAGAUAGCCAACGACCUAUUGCGGGAGCGAGGUACUCUCUAUUCUUCUCGAGAACAUCUGACAAUGGCUUCAGAUCUCCUAUCUGACAAUCUUCGUCCGUUGCUAAUCGGCUACACCGAGCGAUGGCGCCGUGGCCGCAAAUUGAUGCACCGUCUGACAAUGACAAGCGCGGCAAAUUCGUAUCAGCCGAUCCAAUCAUUGGAGUCCAAACGGAUGCUGUACGAUCUUCUCAGGGACCCAAGUCGUUACGGUUUGUGGUUUGAACGCUAUGCUGGCGGAGUUAUCUUUCGCUUAGGCUAUGGUAAGACUAUCAACACAGGCGAAGAGGAGCACGUUCGAAAGGCCUUCCACGUUGUCCAUACCGUGGAGCGCAUAGCAUCUCCAGGCUCGUACCUGGUUGACUCCUUGAGCUUCCUGAAGUAUCUGCCUGAACAGUUGGCUCCAUUCAAGAAAGAAGGCCGGAUAUUGCACCAAGAGGAACUGAACUUUUUCCGCACCCUUGUUAGCGACGUGCAAGCUGAGAUUGCAGCCGGAGUUGCGGGUCCAUCAUUCGUUCGUACAUGGCUGGAAGACAAGGAGUCGUUUGACUUGACAGAUGACGAGGCAGCUUAUGUGAUUGGGACCUUGUUCGAAGCUGGUAGCGGAACCACCGCCUCCGCCAUGAUGUCUUUCAUCCUUGCUAUGGUACUCUUCCCUCAGUGGCAGCAGGCCAUGUGGGAUGAGCUUGAUGGACUUGUGGGCGACCGCAUGCCAGAAUUCGAAGAUGUGCCAAAUCUUCCUGUAUGCCGGGCGGUCAUUAAGGAGGUCCUUCGAUGGCGCCCUGUCACUGCUGGCGGUGUCCCACAUCAGUUAACGCAAGACGAUAUAUAUAAUGGCUAUUUCUUCCCGAAGGGAACCAAUGUCCACGCAAAUCAAUGGGCUAUACAUCGGGACCCGGAGUUAUACCCAGACCCUGAGAACUUCAAUCCCGACCGGUGGCUGAACCGAAGCUAUCCAACGUAUAGGGAACCCCUGAGCAAGUAUCCAUCCCUACAGAAUUUCUCGGCUUUCGGCUUCGGUCGACGGAUUUGCCCAGGAAUGAACAUUGCAGAGCGCUCGUUGUACAUUCUUCCGGCAAGAAUAAUGUGGGCAUGCCGGAUUACGAAGGCAAAAGAUGAAAGAGGCGCCGAUAUAACCCCACCAUUAUAUAAUUACACUACGGGAUUCAAUACUCAGCCAAAGCCAUUUCCGUUCCACCUAGAAGCCCGGUCGGAGAAGAGGAAGAUUGCCGUGAAGGAAGCAUGGGAGGAGGCGCAGAAGGGAGAUCCUCUAGCUUGGACGGUGAAUUAUAAGCUAGGGCACUCUUUCAAGGAGAAGUUUGGGCCCUAA